CAAAAAAGGUGUUGAGUCAGAGUUGGAGAAACUGCAGGCUUAACAGACGCACGGCUAUGGGAAGAGAAGAAAAAGGAGAGACCCAGACAGACAUUCAGGCAUCUGACAGAUAUACAAGCGAGGGAGAGUGUAAGUGACAGUAAACUGAGGGAGGGAUAGAGAACAUGAUGAAAAAGAGGAUGUCUGUAUGAAAACCUUUGCUCAUGUUCUGUGAUCAAGCAGAACAGCUAGAAAGGAAAGGCAAUUGAGGAGGGCUUUGGAGUAGAAUUAGGUCGUGAUCUGGAGAAAGUCGACUGUUACUAUAGACAUAAUUUUAAAGAGUCAAACGGGAGAAACUGCAAACUCUGAAGAUUUAAAGUGAUUUAAAGUUGCUUUAAAUCCAAGUCAUGGAAAUCAGGGCUUCACUACAGCACUAAAACAAACAACCAAGCCCUCACCCCCUGGGAAAAAUGUCAGCAGGGCCUGACCUAGGUGCAUCUGAUCUGGCAGAGGGCUACCGGACCACAGGACCUGUUGGACUCCAGACACUGUUGGAUCUACUGGUUGGCGUCUAUCAGGAAUUCUACUCUUCACCCUUCGCAAGGGAGAAGUAUGUCUCUGGUUUUCUCCAGUGGGCUGAGCCUCUGGUAAAGGAGGUUAAGAAAACCCGCAUCAAAAGAGAAGACUUUCACAUCUUGAAGGUGAUUGGCCGGGGCACAUUCAGCGAGGUCGCAGUGGCAAAGAUGCGAAACACACAACAAGUGUAUGCUCUGAAGAUUAUGAAUAAGUGGGACAUGCUGAGGCGAGGAGAGACAGCAUGUUACCAAGAAGAGAGGGAAGUUUUGUUAAGGGGUGACAGACGCUGGAUCACAGAGUUGCACUAUGCCUUUCAAGAUGAUAACUACCUGUACCUGGUGAUGGAUUAUUAUGUAGGUGGAGACCUGCUGACUCUCCUCAGUAAAUUUGGGGAUCGGAUCCCUGAGGACAUGGCUCAGUUCUACUUGGCAGAGAUGGUUAUGGCCAUUGACUCUGUCCAUAGACUGGGUUAUGUGCACAGAGACAUCAAACCUGACAACAUCCUGUUGACAGCUGAUGGGCAUAUCAGACUGGGAGACUUUGGUUCCUGUCUGAGGCUACUUGAUGAUGGGAUGGUUCACUCGUCUUUAGCAGUCGGGACUCCAGACUAUUUGUCUCCAGAGAUCUUAAGAGCAGUUGAGGGAGGUGGAGGUUAUGGUCCUGAGUGUGACUGGUGGGCUCUGGGUAUUUGUGCUUAUGAGAUGUUGCUGGGGACCACACCUUUCUAUGCAGAGUCUAUUUCUGAAACAUAUGCCAAGAUCAUUCACUUUCAGGAGUAUUUUGAGUUUCCUUCUUCUGGCCCUGAGAUUUCAAAGGAGGCUCGUUCCUUCAUCAAUGAACUGAUCUGUGACAGGGAAGUCCGUCUUGGAAGGGAAGGCUCCAGUGAAUUUAGGAAUCAUCAGUUUUUCAGUGGACUGGACUGGAGUUCCCUGCAUAAACUCCCUGCACCUUUCCUGCCUGAAGUCUCUAAUCCAACUGACACAUCAAACUUUGACAUCCUCGAUGACUGUCUUAGUGAAAUGGAGACACUAUCUGAUGUAAUGGACAGAGCUCCAAUAGGAGUACACUUGGCUUUUGUUGGAUACUCUUACACUGCUACCAGUCAGACAGGUGCUGUUGACCGCAGUCAAGAUAUCAUGAUGCAGAUAAACCACACCCAGCUUAGGGAAUGUGAGAAUCUGUAUGGACUCGGAAAACUGAGUCAGCUAUGGAAAGUUACAGACAAUCUACCAGACAAUCUGCCUCCACUGUUUGAGCUUCCACUUACUUUAGACCGAGAUGCUGCUGCAUCCACCCACACCACCACAGUGGAGGAGGCGAUAUCAGGACUUGAUGAAGACUUGAAGAGACGAUUUCAUGAAGCAGAGAUGCGAUAUUGUGAGCUGGAGAAAGAAAUGGAUAGAUUAAGGGAAGAAAUGCAGGAAUGGAGAAUCCCCAAGAAGACAGAGUUGAGUAGCUGCCCAUCAUCUCUUGCUCUGCCUGCCCACUGUGUGGAAGCAACAAGGGAUAGAGGGAAAGCGCCUCCAGCCUGCCAUUACCCACUGGUGAUUCCUCUCCACCGCCACCUGCUCCUGUUCCACAGGAUUCGUCUGCCACAAGUAAAGAGUGAAUCAUACCUUCUGGUGUGUGCAGAAGGGGGGAAGCUCCAAAUAUGGAGGAGACACUUAUCCUAAGCUCUCUGAAGAUGUCACCACUAGAACAGGAGAAGAGAACUGAGCCUCAGCUUUUUGCUCACUCCUUGCCCGAGCCCCUCACAGCUUUCCAAACUUCCACCUGAAAAGAAAAAGCAGGUUAAACACUGUUAAUAUCAACUGUCAUCAAAGUGUUGCAGGAGAUUCAGAUGAAUAUUUUGAUAUGAAGAGAAAAGCAGUUGCUGGAAGCUAAUGAGGAAGAAAUGAUGAAGACAUCUUCUGACCUGCCCUGCCUGCUUACCAGCCUGAAAGUCAUAGAAGAAAUAUACUGAUUUCAGAACGCACUGAAUUUACUUUGUUGUGUGAACACUGAAAGGGAAACGAGCUGGAUAAAUUGCUCCCUAACACACUACCUUUACGCAUUUCAAACCAUAUUGCUACAAUUUUUUUGUAUUAUGUAUCAACACAGUUUGUACUUGUGUUCCAUAACAAUGGUUUGCUGUGUGACUUUAGAACUGAAAUUGUUGACCACAAUAUCUCUUUGGCACCUCCAUGACUCUUACAGUAUGACCAGUGUGCUACAAGCAAAACAGUUCAGCCAGCCAAGUGAAAUGAAUCAUGUGAGGGAAAUAAUAUUUGGUCUCAUGCUGAAUUUGUGACUUUGCUCAAUUACAACAAAAAAUGAACAGUUUUUAAUAUUUAUAGUAGUUUUGUUUAUGGAAGAGAAACAGAAUACCAACCAAAUAUCCAGAAAAAUCCAACCCAGCCACAGUCCUGAGUCCCACAAAUUAGGCUUUUGCCCAUGUGGGACAUAGAUUACAAUCAGUCAGUUCCACACAGCUGGAGCUUGUUGUUAAAUGUUUACAUCAUAUUCUAUAAAUCAUGUUUGUGGUGACUGUCCUGUGAGGACCACAUAUCUGAAAGAAAAUCUGUUCUUCAUGGCCUCAGAAACACAGGCCUACAUCUUGAGUUGUUGAAAAAGUAUAUUAAAAUAUUUAUUUAAACAAAUCAACUUAAUAAGAAAGAAUUGUUCAGUCAGUGACAUAGUUAAUAUCCACAGGGGGGUUCAAAUGUUAAUGAAAAAUUAAGGUUGAUAACAAGAGACGAACAUACGAGAGAGACUACAAUUUGCUGUGAGACUGAAAUAACUGUACUAUAGACAUAAGUGACGUUCUAUAUAUUGUGUUCUAUAUACUAUAUAUAUCAACCUACUGAAGAUGGGUCUUGGAUGGUUUUUCCAGCAUGACAAUGACCCAAAACAUACCACCACCACCACAACAAAGGAGUUUUUAAAGAGAAAGUACAAAGUUAUGGAGGGGCCUAGGCAGUCUUUAGACCUCAAUCCUAUAGAAAAUCUGUGUAGGGAGCUGAAGUUUCAAGUUUCAAAGCAGCAGCUAAAAAAGAAUUUUGAGUUUCUAUAAAGAGGAUUGGGACAAAUUCUUCCUGAGAUUUAUGCAGAUCUGUGCUUGUCAACAAGGGUUUCCCCACCAUCUACCAUGUUUUUUUUUCUUUGGGAUUAAGUAGUUAUUUAUUAAUUUCAACCCCCUUAACCCUAACCCCAAUACCGUAACAUUUAUAUCAUAUGAUCUUUAAGGAAUUUUUGUUGAUAUUCUGUCUCUUCCUUCAAAGGAAACUAUCAUAAAAAUUCGAGGCUACUCAUUUUUUUUGGUAAAUCUUACAAUUUCAGCAGGGUAUCAGAUAACUUUUUCAACGACAAUAUAUACACGAUAGGUUUUCCUCCUCUUAGGAUAGUGAGCAGGGCAGUGGAGCUGAACUUUGUGAACUAGUUCGCAGGCUCUUUUUGAUUUUAGUUGACCAACUCAGGUACCAAACACCAUUUAUAUGUUCGACCUAAAAAUCUAUACAGAGUUAAUUUCUAGGCUCUGAUAUCUUUGCUUCCCACAAGAAAAUAACCUUGUAAAAGGAAUGGGAUGGACAACACUACAUUAUCUGAAUGGGAGUGAGAAUGAGAAAUCUACUACUAAAAAUUUAAGGACUAGCAGCAGAAAUUAAAGUUAUACAUGUCAUACCAAUUUUGGAGUCCCAAAAUGUUUGUGUCUUGGCGGUGAAUGAACAAACAAUAAAUACUGCUAAAAA